GUCGUCUCCAGACGUUUACAGUUUUGCCGACGGCCCGGUCCCCGAUAUGGCCGGUCGUUGCCAGGGGAGGCUCCCCUGGUCGUUGCGCCCCCGGACGACUUCGUUGCAUGUGGGCCGGCCGUGAGCAGAAAGGGACUUGCAGCAACCCGAUCCGCUGUUGUUGCCGGAACAGCGGCUGCCAUGUAAAGAUGCACAUCAACGACUACGAGGUCGUCUGCCCGUUGUGCUCCGGCUUCUUCUCCAGCCCGUCAUGCCGACUAUACAACCACCCUUGUCCCUUGAAGAAGGAUGCCGCGCAGCGUGAGGAGCUGGCGCUCCGCCUGGCGGAGCAGCGGCCCCUGGUCAUACCGCUAGCCCCAGCGGUGGCGCAGGGCCCAGGACCCAUAGAGGCCGCGGUAGCCAGACGCGUUUACAGCACGCACAACGCCUCGUGCAAAAUGGAGGUGGCGACUACGGCGGCCUGCAUUUUGACCCUUGUAGGCGGCCGCGACGGCUGGGACCGGCUGCUAAAGGCACCCCAAAUCGAUGCCGGCGAAGCGUGCAGCGUCUGCGGCCACCGGGUUGUGAUCGUGGGCUACAGGUAUCAGGUCUGCCAGCAGCAGCAGCAGCAGCAGCAGAGCGGCCUGGACCCGCGAGUGACCCUGUGUGGCCCUUGCGGCACCUGGCAGCUCCUGUGGCACAGGCAAGCCCAGGCCGGGGCGGCAGCCGCAGCGGCGGAGGCGGCGGCGGCGGAGGGCUUGGCGGCAGCAGCAGUGGCGGAGGGGGUGGAGGCGGCGGAGGGCUUGGCGGCAGCAGCAGUGGCGGAGGAGGCGGCGGCGGAGGGCUUGGCGGCAGCAGCAGUGGCGGAGGGGGUGGAGGCGGCGGAGGGCUUGGCGGCAGCAGCAGCCGUGGCAGAAGGAGCCGCCACAGCAGUGGGUGUAGCGGCGGCGCAGCGCCACCGCGGCCUGGCGCUGCGCUCGCUGGUCGCCCAAGCGCAGCCGGGCGUCAGCCCGGUGCCCGUGUGCGCACUGAACCUAUACCAGAAGCCGCUGGUGACGGAAGUGCUGCGUGAAGCCACGUUGCCGGGACAACAGGCGCGCGUGACCCCGCUGCACGCGGAGAAGCCGACGUGUGUGCAGCUGCAGGCGUUCCUGGAGUGGCGCGGCAUCGCCGACAUCCACCCGGCCCCGCUGUGGUCGGCGGUCAAGGGCAAGCGUACAGCGGCGCAGCGUGACGGCGUCGGCACUGAUGGCGAUGGAGCCAGCGCGGCGGGCGGGCCGCCCGUUCAUGACCUCGAGACCGAGUUGAAACUAUUCAGCGCCGUCACGGCCAGCGAGCGGCAAAAGGCGACAGCGCUGCUGGCGGCGGCGGGCGAGCGGCCAACUGAGCUGAUGUUGGAGCCCGACCAGACGUACCACGUGCUCCACACCAUCCCGCGCUCAGCCACCGCCUCGCAGGAUUCAAUUAUGCUCCGCCUGCACCGGCAGCUGGCUUCGCCAAGCGAGCUGCUGAGCGCGCCCGACGUGCAGCUGCGGAUGAUGAACGCGUCCAUCAUCAUUGUGGGAACGCGGGCAUUCGUGCCCCCCACGCCCGCGGCGGCGGCGGCUGCUGCCGCGGCGGCGGCGGCCAAGGCGGCCCAGGCGGGUCACAGCCGGCCGCGGCGAAGCAGAACGUCCGCAACGGCAGCGGCAACGGUGGCAGCGGACGCCACGGCGGCAGCGGACGCCACGACGGCAGCAACGGCGGCAGCAACGGCGGCAGCAACGGCGGCGGCAACGGCGGCAGCGGACGCCACGGCGAGCAGCAGGACCGCGACGCGGCGGCCGCGGCAGCCCGCGUCUCCCGCCGACUAUGCGCCGCUGCUGUCGCCACUCAAGGGUGGCGUCUCCCCUAUGCACCUGGGCCCCAUCCGCGCGUUCAAUAUGGCACUGGCGCCGUCGUGCCUCGGGGGCGAGGCGGCCAACACUGUGCUGGCGCGCUGGGUCUUCGUGUCGCCGGCGGCGCUGGGCACGGCGCUGCAGCUGGUGUACGACCUGCUGCAGACGGCGGAGACGGCGAGCGGGGUGACGCACUUCGUGCACCUGUUCCACAUCCAGGCCACGGGGCAGAACCGCCCGUACUUCACGGACGAGGGCGUGGCGUGGCUGAUAGAGCAGGGGGGCCUGGUGGUCGGCCGGGACAUCCUCGUGCUGGACCAGAGACACGGCGACGUGGUGACGGUGCCGCCGGGCUGGGCGCACCAGGUGACCAACCUCAAGACCUGCAUCAAGCUGGCGUUCGACCACCAUGACCUGCUCGAGGUGGCGGCGCACUACGAGCUGCUCCACCUGGUCCGCCAGACCGACGCUGGCCUGCAGGCCGACGCCGCCGUCACCGCCACGGCCAUGCUGCUGGCGGACACGCCGCAGGUGGAGCAGACCAUGCUGGACGCGCUGCGCACUCUGGAGCAUGACUGAGGCCGCCGGGUGGAGGGUGCGGGGUGAAGGAAGGCGCAGGGUGGUGACCGACAUGGGCUGAGGCUGGCGUACGGGGUGCCUGACAGUUGCAUCAGGUGUCGCCUGUGAUGGCCGGGCCGCGCUCAGGUUGCGUGCGUGCGUGCCACCAGAUGAGCGCAUCUUGCCUUGUCGUGUCUUGUUUUGUCUUGUCUUGUGCUCUUUGAACAGACGAAUGUCAGCUGGCGGAUUGAUGGGGGUGCCUGGAUGACAGGUGCCGUCAUCGGGCGUCGUGUCGACUUGGCUGUGAUGGCUGGCUGUGUGAUGGCUGGCUGCUCGGGUGCAGGAUGUCAACUCUAGCUCCUGUCGUGCGCCGGCAACGGCGCGUGUCGUUCACAGACAAACACUGCCUGGGUAUGAGUAAUGGGGCAGUUAACGGCGUGUGAACUUAAGUGUGGGAAGCAACCCAGCGGUUGAGAACUGGCGAACUGUCGGUGCGUGGGUUGUGUGAACUACGUCCCGGUGUCUGUUUAGUUGUAGCCGUGUGGCGGUGCUGUUCCUCUGGCUCUGGCGUCACCUUCGCCUGCGCUGCGCAGGGCGAAGGCUCGUUGGCUCGUGUUGGAGGCGUUGGGCAGCUGGUCAUGCGGGCGCUGAGCCGAGCUGAGCUGAGGAGGAGCUGCGUUGGUGGUCUGUUUGCCGUGGUGCUUUACAUGUGUGUGCUCAGAGGAGCUUUGGGGUCCAGGUUUCGUAGACGGGCGGUUGGCUUGCCCUGCUGGGUGGCGAGCGUGGGGUGUCAGGCAACACCGGCCCUGGCCUGGUGUUGCGGUGUUGCUCUCUCUCUCUCUCUAGCUUUGUGAAAGCAUCGGAGUGAUCUCGACUGCUGUCUCAGACUCAAUACCU